UUCGAAGCUCGAAUUUGUUCUGCGUUUUCUUCUAAAUCAUGUCUUAAGAUUCCUCCAUCUUCGUUUUCAUCUGAACCUCAAUUUCUCUGAUUUUCCGUUCCCCCGUCUCUAAUGGAGACCCUCUCAGCCUUCCCGUCACCUCCAUGGCCGAAUCCUGAACCCAACCCUCCGCCGGCCGUUGCUGACUCCGAACGCUUUGAUUCCGAUUCAAUUUCAUCGGAGCCGCCCCAGUUGCCGCAGACGGUGGAGACGACCGUUUCGUCCACGGCGGUUGAACCGGCUGCUUCGCAGCCUUCUCUGCUACAUCUCUCCUUCAAUCAGGACCAUGGCUGCUUCGCUGCGGGGACUGACCGGGGGUUUCGGAUCUACAAUUGCGAUCCAUUCCGUGAGAUUUUCCGGAGGGAUUUUGACCGUGGGGGUGGUAUUGGCGUCGUUGAGAUGCUUUUUCGGUGUAAUAUUUUGGCUCUUGUUGGUGGUGGGCCUGACCCUCAGUAUCCAUGUAAUAAGGUCAUGAUUUGGGAUGACCAUCAGAGCCGGUGUAUUGGUGAGCUUUCGUUUAGGUCUGCUGUUCGCGGUGUUCGUCUACAGAGAGACCGGAUUAUUGUUAUUUUGGAGCAGAAGGUUUUUGUGUACAAUUUUGCGGACUUGAAGUUGCUGCAUCAGAUCGAAACUAUUGCAAACCCUAAGGGUCUUUGUGCUGUUUCCCAGUUGAGUACUUCGCUUGUGCUUGUCUGCCCCGGACUGCAGAAGGGGCAGGUUAGGGUUGAGCAUUAUGCCUCUCGACGGACAAAGUUUAUUAUGGCUCACGACUCGAGGAUUGCUUGCUUCGCGCUUACGACCAACGGGCAGUUGCUUGCUACAGCGAGCACCAAGGGAACUUUGGUUCGGAUAUUCAACACAGUUGAUGGAAAUUUGCUUCAAGAGGUAAGGAGAGGUGCAGAUAGAGCAGAGAUAUACAGUUUGGCUUUCUCAUCGACUGCCCAAUGGCUGGCAGUGUCCAGUGACAAGGGUACUGUCCAUGUAUUCAGCCUUAAAGUCAAUUCUGGAUCUCUUGGGAAUGAUAUGUCUCAUCAAAACGAUUCCUCUCUUUCUGUGGCACCAUCUGGCUCCUCCUUUUCCUUCAUCAAAGGUGUCUUGCCAAAAUAUUUCAAGUCAGAGUGGUCUGUGGCUCAGUUUCGCUUGCAUGAAGGCUCUCAGUAUGUUGUUGCUUUUGGUCAUCAGAAGAAUACAGUCGUAAUCCUUGGAAUGGAUGGAAGCUUCUACCGAUGCCAAUUUGAUUCAGUGAACGGAGGUGAGAUGACACAGCUUGAAUAUCACAACUUUCUAAUGCCAGAGGAAGCCUUCUAGCCCAAUAUCCUCUUUAUUUUGGCUAUGUCGUAUGUAUGCAUUUUCCUGCUUCCUCCUAAGCAUGUUGUAAAUAGAUCGAUGCACAUGUAUAGAUUGGCCUAUGUCUGUCUUAGGGGAAAGGGAAGAAAAGAAAAAAAAUGCUACUAUUGCCACUAAUGUUCAUAUUUAAUUUUACUUGUCUUAUUUGCUAUACAUAAAAAAGGGGGGGAAAAUGAAGAGAAGAAAACAUGGCUCAUGAGAUUUCUUGAGAUAACUUUGUUGUAAUAUAAUGGGGAUUUGAUUGACAACGUAAUGCACCAUUCAGUGUCUUUGAGUUACAAAGACAUGUCAACAA